AUGCUUUACAAACAAGAUGGAAGUUUUCCUAUGCAUGAUGAUACCGUCAACAGAAAGAUCACUGUUCAAAACCAGCACGGCGAGGAGGAGUAUUAUUUUGUCAAAAUUGCUUUCCGGGACAUUGGACGAAAGAUGCUCCAGGGAGAGAUCGAAUCUUCCAAAUUAAUAUAUGAGACAACGCCUACGUUCAUUACAAAACCAUAUGGGUUUGGCGAGUUCCCAGACUCCGGACUGACAGCUUAUUUCUAUCUGUCCCAAUUUGUGGAACUCGACAUUGAGAUCCCUCCUGACCCGGAUGAGUUCACUCAACGUCUUGCCUACCUGCACAAGAUGAGCAGGUCACCCACAGGAAAGUUUGGCUUUCCUGUGCCAACACGUGAUGGCGAUCGCCCCCAUAUUGUCGACUGGCAGGACAGCUGGGCGGUUUUUUUCCGAUAUUUGUUCUUGGGUGUAUGCAGGUUCGACAUUGCUCGAAACGGGCAGUGGCCUGAAUACGAACGGGCCAUCCAGCAGAUUGCAGACAAAGUUAUUCCCAUCCUGCUAGAGCCACUUCAGGCCAAUGGGCGGAAACUCAAACCAUGUCUGAUUCAUGGAGACCUUUGGGAAGGCAACAUGGGGAUCAACUUGGAAACUGGUGACAGCAUGAUUUUUGAUGCUGCGUCUUAUUUUUCCCAUAAUGAAAUGGAGUUUGGUCAUUGGGCUUACAACAACAUGUGUUAUCUCAACGAAAAGUAUGCACCUAUUGAGUACAUGGACAAGUAUGACCCGGCCCUUGAUCCAAACAUCACCGGUCUUUCUAUCAUACCUCACUUGGCGGAGGGGCUUAUUUGA